AUGUCUGAUAAUGAGGAAAGAAGAAUUCAGUGGUCUAGUUCUGCUCCUAAUUGGAAAUGUGCAACAAGGUUAGAAGGACAAUGCAAAAAUUCCUCUUACAAAGCUUAUGGUGGCGGCAAAGUUAUCUGUAAUGGGGUACCGUGA